UUGAAUCUUUAUAAACACUCGAGCGCACGACCAUAGCAUCAACUCAUUAUAAUCGGAUCGUAUCUACAUACAUCCACGCAUUGUAUAGCGUCAAUCAUAAUAUCCAUGCCAGAUGACAAAAAAACUGCACAAAAGCAUUACAAAAAGAGCGAGGUUCGUUUGAAAUUCGUAAAAUCCUUAUCAUUUUCCUCUCGAGCUUAUCUCGAUCGUAUAGAUUAAUAAUGUGCGAUUUUACAAGAUUUUGUAGACAUUGACGAUGUAGUUUCAGUUGCACGCACGUCGCGACAGAUUACACAAACUUCAACAAUAAUAUACAUGUUAUAAUGCAUCGAUCGUCGUGGACAGAUCUUCGCCUCUCAGAUCUGAGGAUAACGCAGCGAUGGGUGUUCGCGAUCCUGUCGUUCAUCGGUAUAUGCCUGGGCUACUCGCUUCGAGCCAUACUGUCCAUCACCAUCACCCGAAUGGUACCGGAGCGCAACAAAGACGCGACGAGAGCAGCUGCCGUGUCGAAUUACACGACGAUCGAUGCAGCGGCCGAGACAAUGGGCAGCGGUCUUAACAGCACGAUGGAGACCGCCUCGAUCGAUCUCUCCAACGGCGCCACAUACGAUUGGGACGAAUUCACGCAGGGCAUAAUCUUAUCUUCGUUCUACUGGGGCUACGUGUCGACGCAGUUCAUUUACGGCAUACUGGCCGAGCGUCUGGGCGGGAAAAUGUUCCUCGGACUGGGCGUGCUGGUACCGUCGCUACUGACCAUCCUGACGCCGACGGCGGUGGCGUACGGCGGCGCCAAGGCCCUCAUCGGCGUGCGCGUCCUCAUGGGCAUGUCGAACAGCGCCAUGUACCCGUCGGUGAGCGCGAUGAUACCCGCCUGGACGACCAAGGCCGAUCGGACGCGCUUCGCCGGCUUCAUAUUCGCCGCGCUGAUCCCGGGCCUGAUCGUGGGCACCGUGUUCCCGCCGCUGAUCAUCGAGCACCUCGGCCGGGGCUGGCCCUGGGUCUUCUACAUCUUCGGCGCGGCCGGGGCCGUCUGGUUCCCCGUCUGGCUGAUAUUCUGCUACAACAAGCCGAGCGAGCAUCCGUUCAUCAGCGAGACCGAGAGGCUGUAUCUGCGCCAGGACUACCUCGACGCCGACGGCCACGAAAAGUCGUCCGAGACUACGCGGCCGAAGAUGCCGACGGCGCCCUUCCGCUACUUCCUCCUGUCCAAGGAGUUCUGGGCGUUCGUGAUCAGCUACGCGGGCCACAGCUGGGUCUUCUUCACGAUGGUGAGCGGCCUGCCCAAGUACAUGAACGACGUGGUGGGGGUGAGCAUCGAGAGCAACGGCUACUGGACGGCCGUCUCCUACCUGUGCAUGUGGCUCUGCACCCUGGCGAGCUCCUGGAUCAACGACCAGCUGGUGGGCCGCGGCAUCAUGACGCGCACCAACAGCAUCCGCGCGCUCGGCUUCGUCUCGCUGACGGUGCCCUCGUUCUGCAUACUGGGCGCCUCCUGGGCCGGCAACAACACCACCCUCAUCGUCGGCCUCUUCGUCCUCGGCAUCACCAUGAUGGGCACGGCCUAUCCGACCAUCAUGAUCAACAUCAUGGACCUGAGCCCGAAUUACGCGGGCUCGCUCAUGGCCAUCGGCAACGGACUGGUCGGCCUCACGGGCGUCUUCACGCCCUACGUUUUUGGCCUCCUGACGCCCUAUCGCACGGCCGCCGAGUGGAGGCUCGUCUUCUGGAUCUGCCUGGCCGUGGCGACUCUCAGCAACGUCUACUUUCUCAUAUUCAUCAGUGGCGAGGUGCAGAAGUGGAACGAUCCCGACUACCUCACAAGGAAAAAGAACGAGAGAAACAAGCAGCGGAUCGAUUCUUCUUUCUACAAAACCAUUCAUUCUAGUAUUAACUUUUUAACUUGUAAGAAGCAUCAUUAGUUAUUUCAUCAUUUUCAUUCACG